AUGCCGCACCUGUCGCCCCCGCCACACCUGCUGCACCUGCCGCCCCCGCCACCCUGCCGCACCGGUGGAGCCGAGCGUUUUGAGGAGGUCGAAGGUCACGCGGUGUUGUUUUGGUUUCAGGCGUAUGACGUCGUCACGGUAACGCCCUGGCUCGCCCCCGUCGUCUGGGAGUCGACCUUUGACCCUGUGCUGAUGGACGCCAUCUUCAAACCCCAGAACCUGACCAUCGCCGCCACCGUGUUCGCCGUCGGGAAGUACGUGCAGUUCCUGAAGGACUUCCUGUUGACCUCGGAGCAGUUCUUCUUCGUUGGUUUUAACGUUCACAUUUACGUUUUCACCGAUCGACCCGAAGACGUCCCCAAGAUCCAACAGGCCCCAGGACGACAGGUCUCGGUCCGGGUGGUCCCGUCGUCUCGGCGUUGGCAGGAGAUCUCGGCUCGUCGGAUGGAGAUGAUUCACGCUCUGCUCUUGGAGCUGAGCGGCUCCACUCACUACGUCUUCUGUCUCGACGUCGACUCCAAAUUCCACGGACGCUGGGGCCCCGAGAGCCUGAGCGACCGGGUCGCCGUGGUGCAUCCAGGUUACUAUCGCGAUGGGCGGAGUCGGUUCCCGUACGAGCGGCGUCCUGAGUCCAGGGCCUACAUGGCGCCCUCUGAUGGAGACUUUUAUUACUGCGGCGGCGCCUUCGGAGGAAACGUGGACCAAGUCCUGGUCUUAACCCAGACCUGCUCCAAGAACUUCAGAGACGACGAGAAGGAAGGAGUGGAGGCCGCCUGGCAGGAGGAGAGCCACCUGAACAGAUAUUUCUGGGAGAACAAACCCUCGAAGGUUUUAUCUCCAGAGUUUUUGUGGCAGGAUUUUAAACUUUUGAAUCCCGAGAUCCGGAUCGUCCGAUUCUCUGGAGUCGUUAAGAACUACGCCGCCAUCAGACCCAACGUGUGACUGGACCAGGACUGGAUUCAGGACUGGACUGGAUCAGGACUGGAUCAGGACUGGACCAGGUGGACUGGACCAGGUCUGGACCAGGACUGGACCAGGACUGGACCAGGAUUGGACCAGGACUGGAUCAGGUCUGGAUCAGGACUGGAUCAGGUCUGGACCAGGUCUGGAUCAGGUCUGGACCAGGACUGGAUCAGGUCUGGAUCAGGACUGGACCAGGUCUCCUCUGAAGCUGUGUUCUUGUGAUUUUCGGUUUGAGAUUCGUUGGAGGAAUCGGCACCGACUCGGUUCUGUCGACCUGAAAACACCAAGUUUUUCAGAUCAAACUCCCACUGUGUCCAGCAGAGGGCGCAAUAAUGUGAGACCAAACACACUCCCUCCAGAAGGAGGCGCUAAAGACUGAACCUGCGCACAAAUAUUUUUGACAGCUUUCUUACUCCAUAGAGGAGGCUCUAUGGAGUAAGAAAGCUGUCAAAAAUAUUUGUGCGCAUAAAAUAGAAAUCCGUGCGUAUGUGGGAAAUCUGUGCAUAUUUGGCUGUAUUUGCGCAUAAAAUAUUUGUAAACUCUCAAA